GGUAGUUGCCUCGUUUGUUCGUCUGGAACUGAUCGAGUGCAGGUGUUCCUCUACGCACGCGUAGACUCGCUCGAUCCCUCUCGCCCUCUCCCUCUCCCUCUCUUCUCUUUUCGCAAAGAAAAAUGCACGGGCGUCCUCGAAAGGCCACGAAACCAGAUGACACAGUUUCAGCUGCCAAAGCUGCUCAACUGCGAAGCCUCCAAGAUCAACUUCUUCAAUAUCACCAUGACAAGAUCUACACUAAGGAAGCCCUAGAAAUCGGCGCGAAACUUGUAGAAGUAAAUCCCGAACACUACACUGCUUGGAAUUACAGAAAGCUAGCUGUGGAUAAUAUACUCAUAUCCGAAACCGAUCCCGACGCCAUUAAAUCUAUUCUUAACCAAGAACUACGAGUCGUAGAGAGUGCGUUGAGACGAAAUUUUAAGUGUUACUCGGCAUGGUACCAUCGCAAAUGGGUCUUGAACAAAGGAUUCCUUUCUUUCGAUAAGGAAUUCCGACUUUUGGAUCAAUUCCAAAGACUCGAUUCUCGGAAUUUCCACGCAUGGAAUUACCGGAGAUAUGUUGCAUCUCUGAAGAACCUAUCGCUGGAGGAGGAGCUAAAGUUUACCACGGACAUGAUUGAUACAAACUUCAGCAAUUAUUCUGCGUGGCACAAUCGUAGUGUACUUUUGUCUGAUUUGCUGAAGCAGAAGGCUCAAGGAUUUGCUGAUAGGGAAAAAAUUCUGACAGAAGAAUAUGAGCUUGUACACCAAGCUAUUUUUACAGAUCCAGAUGACCAAAGUGGGUGGUUUUAUCAUCUCUGGCUUCUGGAUCAAACAGUUAAACCAGAUUCUCCAGUGCUGGUUGCCUCUUGGCCUCCUCAGGGUUCAGAUCUGAUGUUAUCUUUUGAACAUAACUUUAGUGGUGGUGCACUACUUCCAUUCAGAAGUGUUUAUUCUGAUAAAGGGGUUUUUCCUGUCGUUCUUUAUUUUAAUCAAGCUGUUGGAGGAGUAGACUCUUCAGCAAUAACCAUUGAAUACAUGUUCAAUAAGAAUGAAGAUCUUACUUGGAUGCCACUUUCAACAGACAAUUCAGGAAGUGCCCAAGCUUGGGUAACAUAUUUGAACUUUCCUGAUGCCAAAGGUCUCUCAAAAUCUCAUCCAGUUGAUGUUAAGUUUGGACAUUCUCAAGGUAUUGUCACUUCAACUGGGUGCCACUAUUGCCAUUCUUCCCAAUUUGCAUUUACUGUGAGGUUACACUCAAUUGAUCCAGAACGUAGUGAAGUGGGGUCUGAUAUUGAGAUGGUUGUGUGGAAGGAUGACAAUUUUAAUGCUAAUGAAAAACCUAUUUGGGACUUAAGUUCUAUUGGUUCUUUUGACCAACUUAGAAUUGACAAGGAAUGUGAGCAAAAGACCUAUAGCUGGCAUGCUGAGACUAUAUCUAAUGAGAUAGCUCUCUUCCGGGAGUUGUUGUCGGAGAUAGACUGUAAAAUUGGAAAGCUUACCCUUGCACGACUUUUAAAGGCUCAUGAUGCAAUGAUGUCGUACCAGUUGCCUUCUCAACAGAAGAGGAUUCAUUCUGAAGAAGUUUUGGAUCUAUUUAUUGACUUGAUGAAGUUGGACCCCUGUCAUUCUAGAUUUUACAAGGAUGAACACAGCUUAGUCCUCUUGGAGCAGAUGACCUCCACAAGUGAUUCUUUGCUGAGGUACUGCUGUCAGUAUAACGACCAAACUUCUUUGAGUCUACACAACUUGAUCUGCUUACGCCUCAAGAAUAUGUCACUAUCACGAAUUGGAUUUUCCGAGCGUUUACUAUGGGUACAAAUGCUAGAUCUCAGCCACAACGAACUUCAUUCUAUAGAAGGUUUGGAAGCAAUGCAACUUCUCUCCUGUUUGAAUCUAAGCAACAACAAACUCAGAAGUCUUACUGCACUGGAGCCUUUGAGACUGCUAAAAUCUUUAAAAGUGUUGGAUAUCUCCUACAACGAGAUUGGUGCACAUUAUAUUGACACAACUAGGUAUUUGUGUGCAUCUCCGCUGUCACAAGCAGUAGGAACUGAUUGGAAUAUUAAUGAUGUAACUAAUGGUGUUAGUAUGAGAGAGUAUUGGGAAGCUGUGGUGAUUUUUAAAGGCUUACAUUUAACACAGUUAGAUGUAGUGGGAAAUGCAAUCGCUGAUGAGAAAUUUAAGAUAGUGCUGUCCAAGGUUCUCCCUUGCCUUAAGUGGCUUGAUGGUGAAGAAGUACACUAACCAAUUGUAUUUCUUGUUUGGUCAUCAAUA